AAACAUUCUGAUGUGCGGCCGAAUCAAAUCGACUUUUUGUGUGCAUCGCCCAGCGUUCGCCUUAAUUAAUUAGUGAUUGCAAAUGGGUGCAAUUAUGCACAAAAUUACGGACUAAUACCACUGCCCGCGUCUCGCUCUCUCCUUCUCCCUUCCAAAUAGUCGUUUGCUCUUCGCACACAAUACGGUGAACCCUGCGAAAGGAUAUAUCGUUGGACCAGCGAGCAAUCAAGUUCGAGAGAGCGACAAACAAAGGACCGUGCACUGGGCACCCGAAGGCAGACAGCUGGCAACGAAUCAGGAGUGGAUCAGGAGAGCAGGAUCAGCGGGCACAGGAUCAGGAGCAGGCAAAGAAUAACACCCGGCACACCCAGCACAGCCACUGAGAGCGACGUGAACCAAUGGGCACCAAUUCGGGAGCCACCGCUGGCAUUAACAACAAGCCGGUUGGCGGUGCAACAGGAGCCGGCGUCCUAGUUGGCGGCGGUGUGGGCGGUGCCAACUCCUCGAUCGGCGGUGUCCUGUCCAACAGCUUGGGCGGCGGCGGCGGCGGUCUGAGCAUCAGCGGCCUCAACGCUGGUGGACAGAACGCCAAUGUGGGCGGAAUGGGCAACGUUGGCGGCGACGACGGCGGCAACGGGAUGGUGGGCGGCGGUGUAAAUAACCAGCAGGCCACCACGCCCCAGUACACAAUACCGGGCAUCUUGCACUUCAUCCAGCACGAGUGGUCGCGCUUCGAGCUGGAGCGAUCACAGUGGGACGUGGACAGGGCCGAAUUGCAGGCUCGCAUCGCAAUGCUGCUUGGAGAGCGCAAGUGCUUGGAAAGCCUCAAAUCUGAUCUGACGCGCCGCAUCAAGAUGCUGGAGUACGCCCUGCGCCAGGAGCGGGCGAAGUUCUAUCGACUAAAGUACGGCACCGAUCCGCCGCAGCUGAACGAGUUCAAGCCGUCGAACGAGGACGCCGGACUGGCCGGUGAGGUGGCCACCGAUUCGGAGGUGCCCUACAGCAGUGUCUCCAACACCACGUGGCGGCAGGGACGUCAGAUGCUGCGACAGUAUCUGGCCGAGAUCGGCUACACAGACAACAUCAUCGAUGUGCGCUCAAAUCGGGUGCGUUCGAUCCUUGGCCUGAACAACAAUGCAGAGCACGACGGCAGCGGCGGAGGUCUGGGUGGCGGACUUGGUGGCGGCACCGGCGGCGAGAACCUUAGCCCAAACAUCAAUGGAAACGAGAGCAACAAGCGCGCAUCGGAGACGGAAGGCCGUCAUACUCCCGCUAAAAAAGUGCAACAAUCGAUCGAUGAAAUAAUCGUGGACACCGAGGCAGCUGUGAUGGCGAACUUUGAGUUCCUGGGCGCCACCGAGAUGUCCGACGACGACGAGAUAUCCGACGACCUAGAGAUGGUGGCCACCGACAAUGACGACACGGACGUGAAGAUGGCCAAACGCGCCAAAUCUGGCAAGGAUAUGCUUACCGAGGAUCUUGAGGCCGAUGUGGGAGAGCAGCUAUUGAACGAUAUGAAUCUCAUGACUGAAGAGGUGGACGGCUCGUUGGGACUGGGUGAGCUUGCCCAGCUGACGGUGAAUAACGAAUCUGAUGGCGCCUACGAUGCGAACUCCAAGGAUGGAACUGGCGGCAGUGCCGGCGGUGCUGGUUACCGCAAAACCUGGAACGCCAAGUAUACGCUUCGCUCGCACUUUGACGGCGUACGAUCACUUAUCUUUCAUCCAGAGGAGCCGGUGCUGAUCACCGCCUCCGAGGAUCAUACGCUUAAACUGUGGAACCUACAAAAGACGGUGCAGGCCAAAAAGUCGGCCAGCUUGGACGUAGAGCCGCUGUACACGUUCAGGGCCCACACUGGUCCAGUUCUGUGCCUGGGCAUGUCGUCCAGCGGUGAGACAUGCUAUUCUGGCGGCCUGGACGGCAACAUUGAAUGCUGGCAGUUGCCGUCACCGAACAUCGAUCCAUACGAUUGCUACGAUCCGAACGUGCAUUCCGGCACGCUCGAGGGGCAUACGGAUGCCGUAUGGGGCCUUACCACCAUGCAAAGCAACAUUGUGUCAUGCUCAGCAGACGGAACGGUUAAGCUGUGGUCGCCCUACAACAAGGAACCGCUGCUGCGCACAUACACAGCCUCCGAGGCAGAGGGUGCACCCUCCUCCGUUGACUUUGUUCGCAAUGAGGUGGACCACAUCGUGGUGGCCUACAACAGUGCUCACUGCAUCGUGUAUGAUACGGAGACGGGCAAGCAGGUGGUGCGUCUGGAGGCGGCGCAGGAGAUGUCUGGCAACACGGGGAAGUUCAUCAACAAGGUGGUGUCACACCCAACGCUCCCGAUUACGAUAACCGCGCACGAGGAUCGCCACAUCCGCUUCUGGGACAACACAUCCGGCACGCUAGUACACUCGAUGGUGGCGCAUUUAGAGCCGGUCACCUCGCUGGCCGUCGACGCACACGGUCUGUAUUUGCUAUCCGGCUCGCACGACUGCUCGAUACGGCUGUGGAACCUGGACAAUAAGACGUGCGUGCAGGAGAUCACAGCGCAUCGCAAGAAGUUUGACGAGAGCAUAUUCGAUGUGGCCUUCCAUGCCACAAAGCCGUACAUUGCUAGUGCCGGGGCCGAUGGCCUCGCCAAGGUGUUUGUCUAAGUAAGACCAUCAUCUCCCUGGCCGCGUCGGAUCGAACGAAUUCAGAAUUCGGAAUCCAGAGUGCAUAUUGCAGAUGCAGAAUCCACAGCCAGCAACUCACAGCUAAGCGAUUGCGAGUUCGAGUUAAAUAAUUAUACAUACAUUAUAAAUAUACUAUACAUUUAAAUCUAA